GGGAUCUGAAUUCAUUCUCUCUAACUCCCUUGUAAAAGCACCCGUGCAUUCUCCGUUAUAAUAUAAAUUGGGCUACAGGUGUUCCACCUAAAGUCCUACUGGUCAAUCUGCGUGUUUUUACCUUUCUUACUUUGCCAAAUCAAGCAAACUAUUCUAGACCCGGUCUAGUAUAGUUCGACCGGUCACAUAAUUUACACCAUCAUUUUUUGCCCCGACCGUGGGACCGUUAAUGUUUCUUCUCUUCUAAACACAAACCUACCCACAAAAACACCACUCAAAAUGUCUUCAAGCCAACAAAUCAAUGCUACUUCUGCUCAGGUGCAAGCCACCAAUGAAGGUAGCGGCAUCCCUGUGGCUGCUACCAUACCGGUCAUUUCAGCCCCGGUGUUGCCUUUGGGUCUGAGCUCUGUCCCCACACCUAGCGUAAUCAGCCCGUUCACGACCCCCGUCCCUUCCGCCGGACCAAGGGUCACGUUCCCACCAAGCAUGACUCAGUUCAUGAAUGACCCAGUCAACCUACAAGCCAUCCAGGGCUUUGGCCAGGUCAUGGCCAUGUGCCAACAGAGCGGGGGGAUGCCUUUUCUCCUUGGUAUGUUCCCGUUCGCUCUUCCAGGCGCGGGAACCAUGCCCCUACAAGCUCCCAUGGCGGUGACGUCGUUCCAGACGCCGAUGCCGCAGCCAUCACCUUUCCAACCUCAGCUGGUCAGCACCAUGGCCCCUGUUAACUUGACUGGCGCACUUAACGCUGCGGGGCCGUCGCGUCCCCCGCAAGGUAAGCAGAAAGUAGAAUGUGAUCCUGGCGGCAGAUGGGGCGAGAUUGUCGGGAUGGAUGUGACAAGGGCUGCAGACCUGGACGGAUUAGGUUCUGCCGGAAACCCCCGGCCACGUACCAAGAGGCCUACCACACUGCAUGGGAGUUUGUUGAGGCUGAAACCCAACUCCGGGCAAAGAAAGAAGCUGAGCAUGAUGAUAGACAGUGGAGAGCUGGGCAAGGAUUACUUGCAGAAAGCCCAGGAGAAGAGUCAUCAGUGGGUUAGGCCAACUGCCCUGGGGGAUGACCGGGACAACGACCGGCGGAGGAAUAGCCGGCCAAGGGAGCGGCAACCUGCUCCCGAAAAAGAACACAUCGGCAUGAUCUUCGGCGGACCUGAGGGUGGAGAUUCAGCCGCGCAGCGGAAGAACUGGGUCCGGAGCAUUUACGUUGGUGAGGUAAGUGUUGAACCGCCCAGGCGUAAGCAUACUAGAAGGGAGCCGAUCGUCUUUACUGACCGAGUUCUCCCUCCUACCGGUGAAGAUCACAAUGAUCCAUUGGUCAUCACCAUGGACAUUAAUGGGGUGGAUGUCGCCCGGGUACUUGUUGACACCGGUAGCAGUGUCAACAUCUUAUACCUGGAGACUUUCCCAAAACUCACGUUGUGUCGGACACAACUUGAACCCCUCAAAACUCCUCUCUCAGGCUUUACGGGGGACACCGUUGAAGCUGAAGGAUCCAUAGUUCUACCGGUCGAACUAGGAUCAGGUGAGAAGACCGUGUGGAAGAAGAUGCGGUUCAUCGUUGUGGACAUUAAAUGCGUCCACAACGCGAUCCUUGGGAGACCGGGCAUCAAUAAGGUCGGGGCGGUGAUUUCCAUGCCUCACCUGUGCAUGAAGUUCCACACUCUAGGUGGCGUGGGUGAAGUGAAAGGCGACCAGAGGAAUGCCCGGGAGUGCUAUGCCCGGGCGGUCAAGAAGAUGACCAAGGGGGUCAAUGUCAUCUCCCAAGAGAUCACAAAGGGAGAGACACGAGAGAAAUUGGAGCCCGAGGCCGAGACGGUGGAAAUUGAACUUCACCCGGGUGAUUCUUCGAGGAUGGUCAGAAUUGGAGCAAAUCUCCCCGAAGAUCUCAAGGCAGAAAUUACACGGGUCCUCCAAGAAUACGCGGGCAUAUUCGCAUGGAGCGUGGCGGAUAUGCCCGGAAUAGAUCGCUCUAUUAUCUGCCACCGGUUGGCCGUGAGGGAAGGAAGUCGACCGGUACGUCAGAAGAAGCAGUACCUGGCCAGUGACCGGCGAGAUUUCGUCAAAAAGGAAAUGAAGGACCUCCUCAGUGUUGACCUACCGGUCAACAAGCCCACUGAGCAAUGGUGGGAGAUGGCAGUUGAUGGGGCAUCCGGUCCUAGAGGAUACGGGGGUGGUAUCGUGUUCACCACCCCAGAAGGGUUCAAGAUCUACCAUGCAAUCGUCUUCAACUUCAAGCUGACGAAUAAUGAGGCAGAGUAUGAAGCUCUGGCUGGAGGGCUCAGGCUUGCCCAAGCCCUGAAAAUCAGCCGGGUCAGUAUCAAAUCUGACUUUAUCCUGAUCGUUGGGCAAGAGCCCGGCAACAUGGAGGCAAGAGAAGGACGCAUGGAACAAUAUACUUGCCCUGUUGAAAGGCUUCGAAGAGUUCAAGAUCGCCCAAAUUCCCCGGGCGGAGAACGCGGAUGCAGACCUUCUCUCCAAAUUGACGCAGUACGCUCCCGAGCAUGUUUCAAAACUUGCCCGGGUAGAGAUCCUUGACCGUGCAAGCAUCGAAAAAUUGAAAGUCACCGCCAUAACAGCAGCAAGCCAAUUUGACCGGUCAAACCUGGUCGGGGCAGACGACCAUUGGAUGUAUGAUCUGAUGGAAUAUUUCAUGGAUGGGAGCUUGCCAGAACAAGAUGACCCGGUAAGAAAAGUGAAGCUCAGGG